AUGCAAUUGUAUUCAUUAAUUGUUUUCACACUUCUGUGGUGUUCAUCGAUUCAAACUCCGUCAAAGUUAACUAUCGAUGAAUUUUUUGAUGCGACUACUUUUCGAUCAGUAAGUAUCUCUCCGAAUGGUCGAUAUUUAUUGAUAUAUAGUCAACGUCCAGCAUGGGAUUCCAACUCUUUCGAGAACAGUUUAUGGCUUUAUGAAACGAAUGGACGACGAAAACAAUUAAUCACCAAACAAUUAUCCGGAAUCAUGCAACCGAAAUGGUCACCCAGUGGAGAUUGGUUCGUGUACUUAAUCAAUGAUAAAGCGACAGCCAAUUCAACAGAUGACCUUCAUCGCUUUCGACGUUCAACCGAUAAGCAGACGCAAAAUGAGCAACAGAUUCAUUUAUAUAGUGUCACCUUAGAUGAAUUGUUAUCUAUUGAAAUUGGCAAUCAAAUUCCAUUGGCUCUAGCAUGGUCAAGUGUUGAUUCGUCGCUUUAUUUCGCUGCAAAAUCAUCUCAAUCGACACAAGAUGCCGAUCGUUUGUAUGAAGCCAAAUGGAAAGACGUCAUUGAAUAUCGUCAACGUAAGCCUAGUGAUGGUAGUACAAUCUAUCGUAUUGAUAUAAGCAUAAAAAAUCGAAGAGUUUCGAGUAAAAUUUAUCCUAUCAAGCAACUCAAUUUCAUAGUUGGUGAACUAUUGUUUGUGCCAUCUGAACAUAAAGUGGUGUUUACUUCUGUAGUAGCGAUUAUUGAAAAUUUAGCUGAUCUUGAAAUGUAUUCCAUUGAUGUGUACAAUUCGUCAUUAUUAACAAGAUUGACUAAUAAUGAAGAAAUAGAAAAUAAUCUACAAUUAUCAAGUGAUGGCAAACAUGUAUUUUUUCAAGUUUAUUCGGUUAGAUCAAGUAAUGAAAAAUUCAAUAAUACACAACCAGGACUAUGCUCAAUCGAUUUAACAAAUGGACAGAUUCAAAAUUGGGGAAAAGGUUUUGAAGGAACUGUUACAGAUUAUGCCAUUAGAUCGGAAGGUGGUGUUUUUAUAUUGGGACAAUUGGGGACCAACGUUCAUAUAUACACGCAACAGUCACCAUCGAAAUAUUUGUUUAUGGAACGUAGUUGGAAUGGAACUUAUCGAUCGAUCUCUUCAUCAAGAUCAAAACGAUAUUCAUCAGUUGCUUUUCUUUAUUCAUCUUUCGAGCGACCUGAAGAAGUUUAUUUUGUUGAUCAUAUUGACGAUCUUCGUUCGGCAAAAACAAUUACUAAUGAAAAUCAAUUGUUGACAAAAAUAAAUCUACCACGAGCUAAAUUGUACAAAUGGAUAAAUGAUGAUGAUAAUCGUAUGAUCGAAGGUAUUUUACAUUAUCCACCGGGAAAAUUUGAACGUAAAAAUUUGCCUCUUCUCGUUCUCAUUCAUGGUGGUCCUACUAGUGCCAAUUUAAAUUUUUUUCAGCCAGAUUGGUAUAAUUGGGCUCCAUUAGCUGCUGCAGAAGGUUGGUUAGUACUCGAACCGAAUUAUCGAGGUUCGACUGGUUAUGGCAAUCAGUUUCUCAAUGAAAUUACUUGUCAACCGUUGUCUUUACCGGGAAAAGAUAUUCUUGCCGGUGUCAAUCGUCUUAUUAAGGAUGGCAUUGCUGAUCCAACUCGACUUACCAUUGGAGGUUAUAGUUACGGAGGAUUUCUAACCAAUUGGUUGAUUACACAAACGACACGUUUCAAUGCUGCCUUGUCUGGUGCAGGAGGAGUCGAGCAUGUUUCUGGUUGGGGUACCUCAGAUUUUCCAGCAUAUAUGAAUACCAUAUUUGGUGGACUUCCAUGGAAAAUACCUAAAGUUUAUGCCAAAGAAUCCAUUAUAAAUCAGUUAGAUAAAGUUCAUACACCUACACAUAUUAUCACAGGCACUAGUGAUAUUCGGGUUCCUGCCGAUCAAAGUGUUAUGUUAGAACGUGGCUUAAAUUAUCUCGGGGUGCCAGUCAAAUUAUUACUUUUUCCAAAUGAAGGACACUCGCUCAGUAAUAACCCUUGGCAUGGAAAAAUUAAAAUUCGAGAAGAACUCAAAUGGUUAGAAAAAUAUGGUCAUAUGUCUUUCGUUACAACAACAAACUAG